AUGUCCUCGCCAGCAGCACAGUUGCCAUCCGAUCCCGAAGGAUCGAUACCUAGCAACGAUGGAUCCCAGUCCUCAACCCAACUCAAGCCGAAGGAUUCGACUUUAUACGAAGCUGCGACAGACCAGCUUCUGGCCUUGAUUGCAUCUUUACGAAGUCCAGCGGAUGGCAAGUGCAUUGAUGAUCUUGGCAGCGAUGGAGUGUAUAGGGUUCUGCAAUGGUUACCCACACCGCCUGAUCAGCCCACCGGUAUUAAAGUGUACGACGCGAAGCCCAUGUCGCCAGAAAUUAUCAAGGCCUUUCUUGACAGACAGGCUUGGAGCCAGGUGGUGGAAGACCGGUUUCGAGGAGUCGAUGGAAGAACGGUUCCACAGGAACAGUGGAUGAACCCGCCUCAAGGAAUUAUUCCCCCCAUGGGUACUAAAAACGAGCGCCUUGAGGAGAUGAGGAAGUGGAAUGAGGAGAGGGCGCAGUUGGAAGAGAAAGUCGCGCGUCGAGAGAUCAGCAAGGACGCACUUGGGCCAGCUUGUGACAGCGUUAAAAGCGACUACGAUCUGCGCCCUCGUUAA